AUGCGAUUCCGGUUCGGGGUGGUGGUGCCGCCCGUGGGGGCGGGCGCCGGGCCGGAGCUGCUGGUCGUGGGGUCGCGGCCGGAGCUGGGGCGCUGGGAGCCGCGCGGGGCGGUGCGCAUGAGGCCGGCGGGCGCGGCGGCGGGCGCGGGGGCGCAGGCGCUGCGGGAGCCGGGCCUGUGGCUCGGGGAGGUGGAGCUGGCGCCGGAGGAGGCGGCGCAAGACGGGGUGGAGCCGGGCCGCGUGGACCGGUUCUGGUACAAGUUCCUGAAGAGGGAGCCCGGAGGAGAGCUCUCCUGGGAAGGCAAUGGGCCGCACCACGACCGUUGCUGUACUUAUGAUGAAAACAACGUGGUGGAUGGUGUUUAUCAUCUUCCAAUAGGACACUGGAUUGAGGCCACCGGGCACACCAAUGAGAUGAAGCACACAACAGACUUCUAUUUUAAUAUUGCAGGCCACCAAGCCAUGCAUUAUUCAAGAAUUCUACCAAAUAUCUGGCUGGGUAGCUGCCCUCGCCAAGUGGAACACGUAACCAUCAAACUGAAGCAUGAAUUGGGAAUCACAGCUGUAAUGAAUUUCCAGACUGAAUGGGAUAUUGUACAGAAUUCCUCAGGCUGUAAUCGCUACCCAGAACCCAUGACUCCAGACACUAUGAUUAAGCUAUACAAGGAAGAAGGCUUGGUCUACAUCUGGAUGCCGACUCCAGAUAUGAGCACUGAAGGCCGGGUACAGAUGCUGCCCCAGGCGGUCUGUCUCCUGCACGCACUGCUGGAGAAUGGACACACCGUGUACGUUCACUGCAACGCGGGGGUCGGCCGGUCCACGGCGGCCGUGUGCGGCUGGCUCCACUACGUGAUGGGCUGGAAGCUGAGGAAGGUGCAGUACUUCCUCGUGGCCAAAAGGCCAGCGGUCUACAUUGAUGAAGACGCAUUGGCCCGGGCACAAGAAGAUUUUUUUCAGAAAUUUGGGAAGUACCCUAUGAGAGAGGCUUUGUUACCUCCAUUAUGGAGACCAGGAAGCUAAGGCGCUGAGAGGCUAAAUCAACUGUGUAGGAUACAUGGUGAUUAAAUAGAUGAAAUGAGAUGCAAAGCUAGGUUUGUCUGACUCAAAGCCCAUACCUUUCUUAUUAAACUAUGAUGCUUAUUUACUUUUCUGCUCCUCUUUCCUUUCAUAAAUAUUUAUUGACAGACACGAGAGAGUCUGAUUUAGGAAGUAUGGGGUAUAAGAAGGAUAUAAGGUGAGCCCCAGUGGAGUUCAGAGGAGAGAAAGAUGUCUUAUGACUAUUAAACUCAGGGGAGAUGGCAUUUGAUUUGGGCAGAGAAGGCUAGACAAGACACAUUUCUCCCUCAAUUUUAUAGUUAGAUUUAUAAACCAAGAUUGAAUAAUCUGAAGUCCAGCUCCCUUGUUAAAAGGAACUAGAGAUAGCUGUUGUAUUAAAGUAACCCCUUUAUACUAAUAAUGUGUUGUAUGAAAUUUAACCUUAAAAAUGAAAUAUUUCUAACUCAUUAUGUGUGUGUGUGUGUGUGUGUGUGUAAUGUCUAAG